AUGUUGAGCAUACCGAAAGGGAUACAUAAUAUACGUCGUUUGAAAUUGUAGGAAUUGUAAACGAGUUUCUUUCGGUAGACAGAUCACACAAAUUAUGAAACGUUAGCGUUCCAAAGUUAAAGAGGUAUUUUUUGGCGUACGGCACAAGAGCUCUUUGAAAAAUUGAAAUAUAGCGUAUAAUCACGGUUUCUUUCAGUCCUUUGUCGUGUAAAAUGGCCAGCAGAGCUCCGUCCAACUUUAUGGUGGUGGUACGGGGUAUCGGAAAUCGACGCAUCGAUCUUGAAGGGUGAAGAAACUGAACGAGGAAAUUGUGGGUCAACGGUUGGGGUUAUUCUCAACGCGUCAGCGCUUUAA